AUGUCUAGAAAUUCUGUGACGCAAGAAUCACUUUCAUCGGCCAUAGAGUCGCUCCUCGCUUCUCUUCCUUCCGAUCUCACCGCGCUUGCGCCUAUCCAGCCCGCACCCAAAAUCCCCACCACCGAAGCCGAAGUUUUGGCUUUGAUUGACCACACAAUCCUCGCACCCAAUACGACGCUCAACCAAAUUGCUGCUGUCUGCAAGGAAGCCAAGCACUACGGCACUGCCACCGUCUGCGUCAAUUCAUCCAUGAUCCCCUACGUAUCUUCCCACCUUUCUGGCACGUCUGUACAACCCAUCUCGGUCAUCGGCUUCCCCUUCGGAUCGUCCAACACCCCCUCCAAGGUCCUAGAAUCCCGCAUCGCAUGCCAAGAAGGAGCACGUGAAAUCGACAUGGUCAACAACAUCGGUCUUGUCCGAUCUCAGAAAUACCUCGAAGUGUACAACGACAUUCUCGCAGUUGCCAAUGAAUGCCACGCGAACAAUGCCAAGCUCAAAGUCAUCUUGGAAACCUCGAUGCUGGCCAAAGAAGAGAUUGUAGCUGCUAGUUAUCUGGCCUGUUUGGCUGGAGCAGACUUCGUCAAGACCAGCACAGGGUACGGUGGUGGAGGUGCAACCAAGGAGGAUGUAAGGCUGAUGUACGAGGUGGCAAAGAGGGAAGAUCUCGGAUGGGAUGGCAAGCACAAGGAGGUCAAGGCAAGUGGUGGCAUCAGGAGUUUAGAGACGGUUCAAUUGAUGGUCAGUAAUGGUGCUACCAGGGUCGGCGCGAGUGGUACAACGGCCAUCGUUCAGCAGAUCAGGAGUGGCGCUGCUGCUGCACCUGCUGCACCAGGGUCCAACUACUAG